ACUUGAUCUAUUUUCUGUGUAGAAAUGUUCUAUGUGAGCAGCUUGUCUGUUUUUGUUUAUUCUCUUAAACACAAUAUCCUUCUUCGGAUAAAAAAGACAUGAGAUGCCUCUGAAGCCUAAACACUGUCGUUUCAGCAAAGAAAUAAAAUGAAUUUAUAGAACCCUAGUAGACUAUCCAGUCCAGACAGAAGACUGUCCCCCCCCGCUCCCAGCUAAUCGCAUCCACACCUCGGAGCUUUGCCGCUCGCCCCUCCGGCAGCUUAUCGCGGCCUCGCUUUCUGCCUGCAGGAGCUUUCUCCGGCGACGCCUUUUUCGCUUGUUGUCUGUACCCUUCUGUAGUUGGCCUCACUGAAGGUCUAACGUCCACUGUGCUGGCUUUCCUGGUUGCGGAGUUCUCUGCUGCAAAUUCUGAUCUACGUCUGUGCUGCUACAAAGCACAAGGCAUACCACAGAAGAAGUAAGAGGAAGAUGUGGUAUCUGUGUGUGUUCUUCCACAGAUUGUUGGAUUACAGGAAACCAGAAGUAGAGUCUCUGGCAGAGCUUUUUGGGAUUCCAGAAUCUUUGGAGUGGAGGCUUCCCGAACAUCACCAUCCUGACUCUCCUUUUCAUUUUGUCUAUCUACCGAAUGAAGAGGCUGCUCGAAACAUUGCCAACAGAAGUAUACUUGUUAAAGGAAUUUAUGAAAUCUGGGGAGAAGGAAGUAACUAUGAGGAGUUGGAAGAAGCAAUAAUGAGAUAUCCAGAUGAUAGAAAGUUGCCAUAUUUAACUUCUGAAAGUACAUUCAAGAUUACUGUUGAUAGUUUUGGAAAGGUGAUUAGCUUCCAAGAGCAAAAUGAACGUAUAAAGGGGCUGGCUUAUAUCCCUUUCAAGGGUCGAGUUAAUUUAAAAAACCCAGAUCAUAGGUUCUGGUUAAUGGAAACUGAUGACUAUGGAGUUAAUAAUGGGUUGCCACCAGUUGUCCAAAGAAGAAUCUUUUUUGGCCGGGAGGUUGGUGGUGCAGACAGGAAACUCUUACCAACUUAUCAGUUAAAAAGCCGCAAAUAUCUUGGGCCAACAGCAAUGGAUGCUGAAAUUGCCUUCUUAAUGGCCAACCAGGCAUUAGUCUCACCAGGAAAACUCAUCUAUGACCCUUUUGUUGGCACUGGAAGCAUUCUUGUUGCUGCAGCUCACUUCGGAGGAAUGACAAUGGGUGCCGACAUUGAUAUUAGAGUAGUACGUGAUGGACGUGGCCCUGACUGUAAUGUUUGGAGCAAUUUCAAACAGUAUGGAUUACCUAUGCCGAUUGGUCUUUUAAGGGCAGACAAUAAUCUUCCUCCUUGGCGUCCUGGAUUGAAAGAGGUGUUUGAUGCCAUAAUCUGUGACCCUCCUUAUGGGGUUCGUGCUGGGGGUCGCAAGUCUGGUGGCCGAAAGUUGCUGAAGGGAGCUGUAGGCCCUUACACUGUUCCUGAUGACAAGCGAACUGACCACAUUCCUUCAACUGCACCUUACAGCCUAGCUGAAUGCAUGCAUGAUUUACUAGAUCUUGCUGCUAAGAUGCUUGUAAUGGGAGGCAGACUUGUGUGCUUUUAUCCUGUACUAAGAGAAGACGAUACUGUUCAAAUCCAAUUUCCAGAGCACCAAUGUUUUAAAUUAGUUGCUUCUUCUGAACAGAUACUAAGUUCACGUUAUAGCAGGGUAUUGUUAACCAUGGUGAAGAUAAAUCCGUAUACAAACGAGAUUGCUGAAGCGGCUAGAUUAAUGCACCUGGAGUUCAAGGAGAACCAUCUAAAGUGGUUAGAAGAUGGUAACCUUCAUUCAUCUGUUUUCAUGCCAGCUGAUCAAAUAAGUAUAGAUGAUUCCAAGGCGAGUAAAGAAUUGAAGCCAAAGUAUAGAGGUAAGUAUGUGUAGUCCUAACUGCAUUUGUAGGCAAUUUUGCUAGGGCAUUAGUGUUAGGGUCUUAAUUUUGACACAUGUAUUUUUCUUUUUCCUUCCAAUUAUAGGAGCUAGUUCUAGCUCACUGCAAUAGUUCUAGAAGGAUGUUGAAUUGAAUUUUCAGAUUAGCCAGUUAAAUGCAAAUUGCAGGAUAGGAUGUUAUCAAAAUGAUGUUGCGAGAACUUUUGAUUUGUUGAGCAAGUAUUUUAAUUUUGCGGUGGUUGGUGUUUUUAUUAGCGAUUAUCACUUGUAUACUUAGGUUAAUCUAGAGACUCCAGAGAGCCUUUUAGAUUUG